CCCAUAGCAUAGCAUUCAGCUUUCAUCCUAAGCGAAGUUAACCAUUCCUUCCAUUAAAGUACCAAAAAUAGAAUGAAAAAGUUAACCAACCUAUCACUUUUAUAAGAGGAAGGAAAAAAGAACAGGUUGUAGCUUAUAAACCCAUUCUCCCCACAUAGUUUGGAGAGACCAUGAGCCUCCACCAGCCUCAAAUAUUUGACAGUGGGCUGGAAUUGGCAAAUUGUGUGUUGAAUUCGGAUUUGCUACCUCUAUCAUGGACCUCUAUCUCGAGUCUAUACUCAGAAGUGAAGGCAAACUCACCGCAGCAAUCUCCACCGUCCCCGUCUCCAAGGUUUCGAAUUUACAAGCAAAAUGACAACUCAGCAGUGGUUGUUGCAUUUGUGACAUGGCCGGUUUACUCUUCAGAUCAUCUUCAACAAGGAGAUGGAGGGGCAGAGUUGGUCUCAUCAGCAGAUCUCAAGCAGCAGGACUUCCCUCACUUUGAAUUCCUCUGCUCCAAAGCCAACCCUUCUUUCUCCUUCCUCAAUGAUGCAAUCGCCUGCUUUGCCUCUCUUUUCGAGGACCUCGUUCCUCUCAUGUCUGAGUUGCUUGUCACAAAAGGCAAUGAGAUAGCCCUGAAAUCGCCACUAAUAGUGACGGGACAUGCCUUAGGAGGUUCAAUCGCCUCCCUCUUCACGCUAUGGCUGCUGGACAGAAUGAGCUCCAAGAAGCCGGCGAAGAGGCUCCCUCUCUGCAUAACCUUCGGGUCGCCCCUCGUCGGCGACAAAGGCCUCCACCUGGCCGUCUCACAGCGCUCCACGUGGCCCUCCUGCUUCCUCCAUGUCGCUUCGAGCCGUGACCCUCUUCCCUCUGCACUCCUUGCCACAGCGAUCCAUUCUUCUUCUUCAUCAUCGAUCAGUAAUUAUGAGCCAUUUGGGACGUUUCUGAUGUGUGAUGAGCAGAGUUGCGAUUGCGUUGGAGACCCUGAAAUCGUUUCGCGGUUGCUUUCCCACAAAGCGACGGAACAAUUGGGAUCUCUCGACGUUGAUGAGUAUGGGAAAAUGGUGGAAUAUCUCAAGUCCAGAGUUAUUUGCCAAGGAAGCUCGAUACUUGGUCGUCCCAUGGCGGAUUCAAUGCAGGCUGGGAUUGCAUUACAGCUUCAAUCAAUCGGCAUUUCGCUAGAUCAGCAGAAGCAGAGCACAAUCAGCCUAGCUACAGAGCUGGAGAAGAAGCAGAAAUUCUCAUCUUUCCGCAAACGGAGCGCGCUGGAGCAGAGCAGGAAAUUACAAGAGAUCAAAAUGAAGAUGGCGUACUUAGAAUGGUAUAAAAAGGACAGCAGAAACAAAGGAAAAGGGUACUACGACAGCUACAAAAUACAGAGCACCACAGCCGACAUAGAAAUCGCCAAGCACAAGAAAUUCCUGACCAAUUACUGGAAGGACCUCGUCCAACAAGCCGAAAGCAAGUCCCAAAAGGAGAGCUUGUUCUUCCGAACCAUGUUCCUCUACGGCGGAACGAAUUACCGGCGAAUGGUGGAGCCACUCGACAUAGCAGAGUUCUACCGAGACGGAAACAGAGACUACAAGAAACAGGGGAGGUCGCCGCAUUACAUCCUGCUGGAGAAAUGGCAGAAGGAUGACGCUGCGGGGAAGGGCAAGAUGAAGAAGAAGGAGAAGAAGUCAGUGGAUAUGAUGACUGAAGAUUCCUGCUUCUGGGCGGACGUCGAGGAGGCUCUGUCUGCGGUGAGAUUGCUGAAGCAGAAGGGUAGCGGUGGUGGUGGUGAGUCUAGUGAGGCGAAGAGCCGUUUGGUGGAGUUUCAGAGGUAUGUGAUGGAGCAGAUUGAGAACUAUGCGGUGGAUUCUGAGAUUUUCCUGGGGGAGAGCUCGUUCAUGGUUUGGUGGAAGGAGUUUCAGGAGGUUGCUGGGAUUGUUGGAAGUGGUAGUUCUUCGUUGGUUGAGUAUAUGAAGAGCGGCAGAUACCAUAACUAUGGUUCUCCUUAGUAAUUCAUAUGUUCUUGCAUUGAAUUGUACCAUUUUCUCUGUAAAUGAUCCCGAUUCAUCCUUGUAACUCUGCGUGUGAAUAUUAUGCAUUUAUACUACUUACAAGUUACAAACCCAUUACUCUGUAAAUUGAGCUUAUGAUCCGUUACUAAUUGAGUCUGAUAAGUAUGAUAAUCUAUGGGCUGUGACUGUGAGUUUGAGAUGUGAUUGAGCAUGAUACUUAGUAUAUAACACGGAUUGAAUAAUCAAUCAUUUGCAUUUGUAAGUACUGGAUUGGUCAUUUAUCUACGACCGAAAUGUGUUCUAGGAAUGUUGUAACUGUUUCUAUUGUGCUUAGAUCAUAUAGGUCACUAACUACUCCAUAUGUCGAUUAUUUAGCGAAGAUUUCCACUCACUGAAUACUUCUUAGUAUGCACCCCCUCAAUGUGUGUCUGAUUGAGAAGAAGAUUGCUUCCAGAUUUAGUCGUGUUAGUAAGUCGUUAGUAAAUAGUAUGAGAUCUGCAAUUGACCCUCUGCUAGUAACUUUGAGUUAUUGAGACUAAAUUAUUCAUGACAUGAUAUCAGAACAUUCAAUGAUCGAAACAUGUUGUAUUUGAAUCUCGGGGUCUCCCAUUUGUAAAGCAAUUAAUAUUUGGACAUGGGAAAAAUUCAAACUCAUGAGUUUAUUUUCGUUUUAGAAGCGUGUUAAUUAAAAAUAUAAAAUUGUUAAUAAAAUAUCUCUCAACAAUUCGAAUUAUUGUAACUAGAUCAUUCAUCACAUAACCUAAUAAUACCUAACGAGCCUGAAAGGUCGGGUGCCACUAUUCUUUAAGUUUGUCCUCUAUUCCUUUGGCUCAUAAUAUGUUAGUGUUUCCUAGAUUGAUAUAUGACGGGGUUCUUCAUGCAUGGGUCUGAAAUGAAGUUUUUUCAUACUCAGUCAGCAUUUCGAUUUACCUUUAUAAGCAUUAUCUCUUCUGAAAGUUGAAUGGUCAUGGCCAUGGUAGACAGUACCUGAGUGAGUUCGCGAGGAAAGGUAUGUAUCGCUAAUGACUCUUAUUUGUGAUUUGAAGAAUGCAUUACGGAGACUACAAAAGAAAAAUAUGGCAAAAUACAUUAAUUUUCUGGCAAUUAUAUAUGUUUAUAUACGACACAAAUAUGUUUUUGAUACGGAACACACAUGUCAAUAGUUGGAACACGAAGUUUUAAUAAUAAAUAUCAUGGGUUGAAUCGAAUUGGCGGAGUUGGUCGAUUUGCGAGGUUUUUUUGUUCAUCAAGGGCAACCUAUUGAUGGUUGAGAGCCACCUAACCAGAGACCCAAAAAGAACUUGAACAUGAUACAGGUCCAUCCGGACAUAACCAACAUUCUUACCCAAAACGAUCAAACUCAAUCCCAAUCGGUCAACCCAUCUACGUAGAUUUUAGAAACCCUAAAAAAUGCACAUGAUGCUUCAAAUAAAAAGACAACAAUAUGGUGCCAGCUAUACUCCGUGACCGUGAGAGUCCAGCCAGGCAAUGACAUGCAUGAUGCAGCCCAGAAAUGCGAAAACAUGGAUGGAUUCUCUAAUCCCUUUCUUUUCCCCCAAAUUAACUCGUUGCUCACACUCGUCUCGAUCGUAAGGUAAUUGAUGAGCUGUUGUAUAUGGCCCAUACGUACAGAGACAGCCGUCGCCAUCCAUAAUUCUCUACUUCGUCGUCGGCGGUCGGCCCCAUGCCAUGCAUUAUAUAUUCCUCCUCGAUCGUGUGUUUUCCAGUUGUGAAUGAGCUAGCUUUGCCACUCUUGUAGCUCACAUUACUUUCACACCCCCCAAAAGUCCCACACCAGCUAGCUACCGCGUUUUGGGAGAUCACGAUUCCAUCGGAAACCACUUUUCAGUUGAUCAGAGUUUAAUUAGAGUUCUAUAAGAUUCAUAAAUACGGCUUUUCAAU